UUUAAAAGAAAAAUAAAAAAGAAUUCCCACCGGAGAGAGAAAGAGUGUUUCUUCUUCUCAUCAAAUGUGGAGAAUGAUUUUGGAUUGAGUUUCUGCUUCUCAUCAAACGAUCCUCAGAAGAUGAUGAAUGCAAGACAAAUUUCCUAUAUUUCGUUUCUUGCCAAAGAGAUUCUUGGGGAUAUUUUUUCAAGAUUACCAGUUAAAACUCUGCUGCAAUUAAAGUUCGUAUGUAAACGCUGGUGCACUCUGAUUUCGACCCCCUGGUUCAUCUGUGCGCAGCUCAAGAGGUCUAGUUCGGACCCUGAUAACCAUUAUAUCCUUGUUCAGACUGCUAGGGCGCGAAAUGGUUUGAUCCGUACACGAAAUCCAGGAUGCUUGAUAAAGCUUACUGAACCCUGUAAGUCUGCUUAUUCUGUUGUAGGUUCAAUCAAUGGCUUGGUCUGUCUAACAACUACUUGUUUCCGGAUUUGUCUAUGGAACCCUUCGAUAAAUCAAUUCAAGAUUCUCCCUAUGCACUCUAUAAACCUUCAAAAGGCACGCAAAUGUUAUGUUAGCGUGGGUUUUGGGUAUGAACAGAACUCUGAUGAUUACAAGGUCAUGAUGAUUCUAAACUCUCAGAAAGGUAGGUCAGAGACUAUAGUUGAGGUUUACUCAACCAAAUUGGAAUCUUGGAGAGAUGUGAAGACUAAUCAUCGCUUAAACAUGACUACCUGCUGCUGUGAUGCAAUUAUUGAAGGGUUUAAUUACUGGGUUAUCAGAAACAUGAACAAACCCCGUAAUAUUGUUCUUGCCUCGUUUGAUUUGAGGAGAGAGAUAUUCAGCUUAAUUCCAGUAUCGGAAGUUUUGGUAACUGAAUCUCAAAGUUUUAGGGCCAUGAACUAUCAUGGGUCACUUGCGUUGCUUGCGUACUCGUCACACACUGAAUUCAAGACAUGUCUUGAGGUUUGGAUGAUUGAAGGUGGUAGAUGUGGAGAGGAGGGUGUAUGGCAAAAGAAGUUCACCUUUGGCAUGGGCUUUGAGUUUUCUACGCAUUGGGGUCUUACUAGUGGAGAUAUAGUAGUUGAAAAUGCUCCAAACGUGCCGUUCUUGUUCAACCUGAGAACAAAACAAUUGAGGAUAAUAGGAACAAAUUCUAUUCGUUCAGUUUUCUACUAUACUGAGAGCCUUGUAUCAAUUAAGGGUUUCAAGCCUGUCCCCAAUCAAUCAAAGAAGAAAAGGAAGGCUUCAAUUCCAUAGAAGAAAAAGCAAGAUAGAGCUAACAGGCACAUGGCUGAACUGAAGUAAAUAUAGCAAUUCCAACAUUUUAUAUUGUACUUUUUCUUAUUUGUGUUUCAUAAACAUUCCUAUGAUAGCUCUGUAUCUAAUCUCUCAGCUAUAAUAAGCAACCUUCACUA